AUGAGCGAGUCAGCUACCGAUAAAAACAAGCUUGAUAAAUACGAGCAACACUACUUUUCAUCAUACGACCAUUUCGGAAUCCAUGAAGAAAUGUUGAAAGAUACUUCCCGAACGUUGAGCUAUCGAAAUGCCAUGUACAGAAACAAAGAUGCAUUCAAGGGCAAAAUUGUCCUUGAUGUUGGUUGCGGAACAGGCAUCUUGUCAAUGUUUGCCGUCAAAGCCGGCGCCAAGCAUGUUUACUCGGUGGACAUGUCCUCGAUCAUCACCAGGGCCAGGGAGAUUGUAGACUUGAACGGGUUCAGCGACAAGAUUACAUUAUUGCAAGGGAAAUUGGAAGACAUCCAGCUACCAGUGGACUCGGUAGAUAUCAUCAUCUCCGAAUGGAUGGGCUAUUUCCUAUUAUACGAGUCGAUGUUGGACACGGUGUUGUACGCAAGAGAUAGAUAUCUUGUCAAGGGCGGCUUGAUCUUACCGGACAAAUGCCAAAUGUACAUAGCCGGUAUCGAAGACGGCCAAUACAAGGAAGAAAAAAUCCAUUUCUGGGAAGACGUGUACGGGUUCGACUAUUCGCCAUUCAUCAAAACGGCCAUGGAAGAGCCCUUGGUCGAUACCGUGAAUGAACAAGCCUUGGUGACAAACGGCUACAAGUUUUUCGAGUUCGACAUCAACACCGUGACCAAAGAGGAGUUGUCCUUCUCGAGGCCGUUUGAACUACAAGCGUUGGGGCACGAGUUGUGCCAUGCAUACAUCGUCUAUUGGGACGCCGUAUUCCCGGGCAAGGAGAAGGUGGUCUUGGCCACCGGCCCAAAGAACCAGUACACGCACUGGAAACAAACCGUCUUUUACAUGGACCAGGUGUUGGACUUGAAAACAGGGGACAAAAUCGUGGGUGAGAUUGUGGCAAAACCAAGCACCAUCAACCCAAGAGAGUACGACAUCGACCUCACUUGGGAUUUAAAGACUCAAGCUGGCGACGCUUCUCGAGAACAAAAGGGUGAAUACAAAUACUUUCUUCGUUAG